AAAUGUGUUUCAAACAAAUUGCAAAUCGACCACAAGGCCGUGGAAAUGAGUGUCAGGGUGUGGCGGUGCCGUUGGCGUUGUUGCCUAACGGGACGACCGUGCCGUACAGUAGGUGGCCUAAGCUCGGCAUACAAUCAGCAUAUAUCAACAGCAGACACCACAGGCUCGUUUGAAGUCUACGUCGACUUUCAAGAAGUCCAUCUUACCAGCCUUAUAUCACGUGUCCUCCAACCAGAUCAUGGGUCAAGAACAGUCUCAGCCGUCAGCAUCGCAGCGACCUCCAGCGCCGCAGCUUAGUGAAGAAGAGCGCGCACAGCUCCAAGCUGAGAUGCGCGCAAAGCAACAAGCGGCCCUUGAUAAGCGUCUUAACCAACCAAGAAAGUCGUCGCCAGCAGGCGUUCAAGCGACGAAGAAGCCAACUGCCCUAGAGGAAGCAAGCAGGGAGAACAUCGGAUGGCGCAACGUCGACGCGCAAGCGGAGUUCAGGAACUGGAACUGAUGUGGGAGGGACAAGAAACUUGUGUCGCCUAGCUGUAUGAGCCGGAGCGGAAUGUGUUAUUCAGGAGUUGAAGGCGUUCAGAAGUUCCUCGAACAGGGAUGGGGUUUGUCUCUCGGAGUCCGGCGU